GGCACGUCAUAGUGGGCGGGAUUACAGUACACUAACUUCCGCAUUACUGUUUAGUUUAGUUUUGGGCUCAGUUUCGCGUUGUCAGAAAAAAAAUUGACUCAGAAGCAGCUUUUUAUUUCGUAAACAAUGUUUGUAACCAUUCAUUUGCAUAAACAGAUUUACAUGAAGUAAUUAAAUAAAAACGGGACGUGAUAUAAACAGCGUAUAAAAUCAGUAUUCAGUCGUCCUGAAGAGUUAACUGCCUCAUAACUGAAAGAUGUUAAAAGCGAUUAUCAUAAUUGGGGGCCCUCAAAAAGGUACCAGGUUCCGCCCCCUGUCAUUCGAGGUGCCCAAACCGCUGUUCCCUGUGGCAGGAGUUCCCAUGCUGCAGCAUCACAUAGAAGCCUGUGCCCAAGUUCCUGAUAUGAAAGAGAUCAUAUUAAUAGGUUUUUAUCAGCCCAAUGACGAGCUUAACCGCUUCAUUUCUUCUUCUCAGCAGGAGUUUAAAAUCCCAAUAAGGUACCUGCAGGAGUUUGCCGCCCUGGGUACAGGUGGAGGGAUCUAUCACUUUCGUGACCAGAUCCUGUCUGGGGGUCCGGUUGCAUUUUUCCUCAUGAAUGCUGACGUAUGCUCGGAGUUCCCAUUGCAGGAAAUGCUCCGGUUUCACCGUCAACAUGGCGAGAAUCAUUGUGGAGUCUUGCUUGGCACUACAGCCAAUAGAACACAAUCUCUGAAUUACGGUUGCAUUGUGGAAAACCAUGAGACAAAUGAGGUGCUCCAUUUUGUGGAGAAACCCAGUACUUUUGUAAGUGACAUUAUCAACUGUGGUAUCUAUUUGUUCACACCAGAUAUUUUUGGCCACAUUGGGAAGGUUUUCCAGAAGAACCAGCAAAUCCAGGAAGAGCUCACUAAUGGCAAGCAGAUGCCAGAGGUGAUUCGGCUAGAACAGGACAUCUUUACAACCCUAGCGGGACAGAAAAAACUUGUUGUCUACAAAACACAGCAUUUCUGGAGUCAGAUAAAGUCUGCAGGGUCAGCAAUAUAUGCUAGUCGUUUGUACCUCAAGCAGUAUCAUCAGACACAUCCUGAAAGACUGGCCACAAACCAAGAUGGAACCCCCAAAAUAAUAGGGGAUGUUUAUAUCCACCCUACAGCAAACAUCGAUCCCUCUGCUGUGUUGGGUGCUAAUGUUUCCAUUGGCAAAGGGGUGACAAUUGGAGGAGGCGUAAGAGUGAGGGAGUCCAUUGUUUUACAUGGAGCCGUGUUACAGGAUCACUGUUGUGUGUUGAACAGUAUUGUUGGGUGGGACAGUACAGUGGGGAAAUGGGCAAGAGUAGAAGGAACUCCGAGUGACCCCAAUCCCAACGACCCAUAUGCUAAGAUUGACAGCGAGACUCUGUUCAGAGAUGGAGGUCUAACCCCAUCCAUCACCAUCCUUGGUAUGAAGAUCUUGCCUCUAUUAUAA